CUGGAAGGGAUUAGGCGUGGCUUGCGUUGGCCUAGCCACCGCCUACCCGGCUCUGAACCGCGGUGGCGGCGGCGGCGGAGGAGGAACUCUGCGCUCACUGGCCGCGCUCGCUGCCCAGCAGAAGUAGCCGCUGCAAUCAGCUCCAGGCCGGGGCCAUGGGCGCCCUGCGCCAUCCGGGUCAUGAGGACGGAGGCAGAGGCAACGGGGCAGCCGCUCGAGCCCGGGGACUUUGUGCAGCUGCCUGUGCCUAUCAUCCAGCAGCUCUAUCACUGGGACUGUGGCCUGGCCUGCUCCAGGAUGGUGCUUCGGUACCUGGGCCAGCUCAAUGAUGGGGAGUUUGAAAACGCCCUGCAGGAGUUGCAGCUGACCAGGAGCAUCUGGACCAUCGACCUGGCCUACCUGAUGCGCCACUUUGGUGUGAGACACCGCUUCUGUACCCAGACUCUGGGUGUUGACAAGGGUUACAAAAACCAGUCCUUCUACAGGAAGCACUUUGACACAGAGGAGACCCGAGUGAACCAGCUGUUUGCACAGGCCAAGGCCUGCAAGGUGCAAGUGGAGAAAUGCACAGUGAGUGUGCAGGACAUCCAAGCACACCUGGCACAGGGCCACGUGGCCAUUGUGUUGGUGAAUUCCGGGGUGCUACACUGCGACCUGUGCUCCAGCCCUGUCAAGUACUGCUGCUUCACUCCCAGUGGCCACCGCUGCUUCUGCCGCACCCCCGACUACCAGGGCCACUUCAUCGUCCUGCGUGGCUAUAACAGGGCUACCGGCUGCAUCUUCUAUAACAACCCAGCCUAUGCUGACCGGAUGUGCAGCACCAGCAUCAGUAACUUUGAGGAGGCCAGAACUAGCUACGGCACAGAUGAGGACAUCCUCUUUGUCUACCUGGACAGCUGACAGCAGGAGCCUGGCAUGCCAGGUCCUCAGACCCUAUGUUCUAUCUCAGCCAGGCCCACUCAGGAUGCCCACGCCCAGGGCAGCAGGUGCUGGGGUUCAGAAUUGUAGCCUCAGCCUGUUUGACAAAGCUCUUGGGAACUCUGUGACUGCUUUGCCCACCAGUGUCAUCAUGCCAUUUGCCUAAACACCUUGUAGUUGCUGGAGACAACUCAAGAGCAUCUAAGGGGAGUAUCUCUCACAACCCUAAAUUCUGCCUCCAGCUGUGCCCAGUGAAAGACCUCAAGUCUGCCUCCAGCCAUGCCCGAGGCAGGAACCCUGGAAGAGAAGCGUGUUUGGGAAGAGCACAUGCAGAUCCAGGCCUGUGGCUAGGCCACGCUCAGCCCCAUAGUGGGUGGCAGCACUGCUCUCUCCUGUCUCCUACGGACUCAGGUCUCUGGGACUGCUCACUAGGCCUUGUAAUCACGCAGCGUAAGCAUACCUCACAGCCACUCUGAGGCUCUCUGACCCCUGAGAUGCUGAGGCCUUCUUAGCCUCUAGGUACAGUCUGUACAAUGGAAAGCUUUUAGGAGUGGGCAGGGCUGAAUGGAUGGGAGCUGAAGAGAAUAUCUUAGGAACAAGGAGUUGACAAGAGACUCCCCAGAGAGCCCCUGCGUCCAUAAGGCCUCCUGAUACCAGCUUGGCUUCCCACAGCAAGCUCUAACUCUGGGAGCCUUUUGAAGAUGGGUGCUAGAGGGGCCGUGCCCCUAAAACAGCAGGCAGCUUCCCACCCACCCUGGUGUGUACACCAGGAGCGUUUGCACAGAAUACUGGGUGUCUUCUGUCUUGAAGAAAGGCAGUGUCCCCGAGUCACACAGCACAGCAGGUAGCAUCAACUAGAGCUAGUUAAUGUGUGUUGUUUUGCUCUUGGGAGCGAGACUUCAGUUUCCAAUGUGUGGGGAGUUAGACCAUAAUAGAUACAGGUACUUUGAAACCACUAACCCUUCUUUACACGGGGCACAUAGGCCAGUCCGAGUUCUUUCUUAACAAGAUGGCUGUUCUGGCCUGGCCAGCAGUCUGCAUGCUGAAGCUGCACCAAAGACAAGCGAAUGGGUCAUUUCUAAAGAGACCAGGGAGCCCACUCCUCAUGGGCUCUCCGUGGUGAAGAAUAAAGGGUACCCCAAUGGCCUCUCACCAUCACUGUCCUCCAGGGGCCUUGGACUUUUAGUACUCAAGGCAUGGCGUGGCAGUAGCUGCUUCCCCUACCACUAGCUGCCCCCUCAUGGUCGUCUGGGGGACAGAGGUGGUCUGUGUUUACAAGGGCAGUCAAGACCAGUCACCCAUAUUAUUCAUCAAUGUUAGACGAAGCCUUGAGCUGAAGGAGGUGCUGUCGGCUAGGCAGCUACUCUGGGUUUCAGAGAGUAGUAUUGGUUUCAUUCUGGUCUCAUUUCCAUUGCCUUAAUGCUGGGUGGUCAGGGCCCCAAGGAACUCUGGAUCUAAGCUCAGGAGUACCACAUAGCAGCUAUGGGUAUGGGUGUCCUCCUCUAGGAGGCCCUGGUGUAACUGUGAGACUAAGUGAUAGGAAGAAGUAAAGCCUUCACAGCGAGUGGAUGGGAUGAGGUGUGACACCCCCCUCCCCUCGGGAGUGCUCGUGGGAAGUGGCCUCCACCGAAGGUAGUCAUCUUCAUCCUCUAGGACAUUUAAAACAUACUCAGUCCCUGGACCCAGAUGAUGGCUUCUCAGGGCAAGUCAUAAGUUAUCGGGUCCAGUUGUCUGGAAGAAUAACAAGAAAGCUGCUGCCUUCGAGAUCACCUGCCUGAGGCGGGGCACGAGGCACACUGUGCUAUACUGCAUGAGCCAUGAAUUGGGCUAGAGGAAGCCUUGUCAUCAGAUACUGACCAUAGCAUGUGACACUCAGACUUCUCAGCUCCUGUGCAGCCCAGUGUAGGCUCUGAGGCCACAUGGAUACUCUAGAUGGUUCUGAUCACUCUAGCCACCGGAGGACGAAAGGGAUCUUGCAUAGCAGAGGAUUUUAUACACAAAUAUAUUUUGUUUGUAAUGAGCCAUUCUCAAUAAAUAUUCUCAGUGUACAGUGGUA